AGACCUGAAAGCAGAGGCCCUAUUUAACUGGAGAUUUCACUAAGUUUUUCAUUUCUCUUGAAAGUAAUUCCUCCGAUAUAUUUGACCACGAAUUUUCCUUUGACACCUGCAACAAAGACACGUCUUUAUUCAACAAAUCGUGACGCUAGAUUCACUAAAAGAUUAUCGGUCACUGUGACAGCAGAUUCUCAGGUAGAACUUCGAUUGGCGGAAAUGUUGCCCCGUCAUUUCCAUUUCUAAAUUACGACAAUAACGCAGUGAAAGCGGCAAACACAGAGAUAUAUUAUUAUUUCUCUUACUAAAUUUACUCCACCUGCCCGCUUAAGGGGGUAGGGCAUUUGACAAAGAUCCUUUUGUCCAUCAGCCAAAACGAUAGUGCGUGUGUGUGUGUGUGUGCGUGCGGCGCGUGCAUGACGACCUGUGCGCAUGCGCUGGGCUGAGGACAGUAAUUAUGAGCGUAGAAAAUACCAGAACUGACGUCCUGGUACCAAAUCCCAGAACAGUACGGAAAUCUCGAAAAGGCACGAUUCGAAGCAGGGAAAGUUAUGAUGAAUCGCAGGUGAAAUGUGGCAAGCAGAAGUACGUUUCCCGCGCAGAAACCCACACAGCGACCAAGGCUAAAACAGAACAGCCGGCGGAGCCUCAAAUCGAAGACGAGCCCAUUUUAAUUCCGGAGGUAGGUACCGUUGUUCCGGACUCGUUCUGGAUGAACCCAUUAUGCAAAAAAGCUGUGGUCUUCAAGGUCUGCCACAUCAUCCAGAUCGGUGAGGCAAUCGGACAGGGGUCUUUUGGCACCGUGUUCAAGAUCAGCAUCGGAAGGGAAACGGCGGCGCUGAAAUGUGUCCAGAAAUCAACAGCGACACAGGAUCAACAGCGGGAACUGAGCAAAGUUAAAUGCGAAUUCAGCGUUUGGCGGGCAGUAUCCGAGCAUCCAAAUGUAGUUAGCCUGAUCGGUUUCCUGCAAACGGACCGCAACUGGUGUUUCGUUAUGGAGUUCGCGCCUUUGGGAAGCCUUAGCCACUACCUAAAGGAUACCGGGGGGCCCCUUGAAAUCGAUCAGUCAAGACGACUGGCUGCCCAGUUAGCUCACGCAAUUCACUGUGUGCACGAAAUGGGUUUCCUACAUCGUGACGUGAGCUGCUCGAACAUUCUAUUGGUCAAGUCCACAACACACCCAAAGAUGCUUGACGCUAAAUUGACCGAUUUCGGCCUCAGUAUAAAAGGUCAAACGUCUUCGAGCCGGUGCGGAUCACUGGCGUACAUGUCACCCGAAGUUCUAGAACGAUCGCCUUAUGCAACGGAUGCGGAUUGGUGGUCAUAUGGAAUCGUUGUCUACUGCAUGUUCGUUGGAAGGACACCGUUAUCUGUGUAUGCUAAGAAGAAACACAUCGAGCUGAGCUCACUCUCAAGAGAGAUGAGGUACGAGCUGGCUAAAAAUGUCACAAUUCACAUUACCCGUCAGCUAAACGCGGAACAGCGAGCAUUUCUCAUCGAUAUCCUGCGUGACAAUCCUGUCGAACGCUUGGGAGUGUGGCGAUUUUCGCACUCUGAUGGACGUGUGAGCGAUACGUUGGAGCCGUUUCGCCGGCACAAGUUCCUGGCCGGCUUUGACUGGGCAAACCUUGACGCUGUCGGGACUAAGUUGAAACAGCAACAACGCCAAGGUCGCAGCGGGCCCCUAGAUUCGAAGGAGGACCUGCAGUUGCCAUCGCUCGAGGAACGGCUUCAAUCGGCGGCAUGUUCGCCCAAGCUGAAAUUUCCACAUGACCGUAGUCUAUCCGAUUAGCAUGAACACAUUACGGUAGAAGAAGAGAAACCGCUAUACAGCCAUAACAGCGAAAUAUCUUAAUUAGUUUGGUAGUAGAUGAGCACAAACAACGACGACAAGCUGUGGUGAUCAGUAUGUUAAGAUGGAUCUCUUCAACGAGUCACGAUUGAGUGCUUCAACUUUUGCUGUUGUCCUUACGUAGAACGGAAAUAGGUCUAAAUAUGUGAUAUUUGACGCCAUAGUAGAGAAACCCAGACCGCUGGGAAGGUGGGAGGACUAAAAUGAUAAAUCUGGAUUGAUGCCAUAACCUACA